GGGAAUAUUAGUUUGCGUUUUUGCAUUUCACGCCGAGCCUAUUUAGCUCUUAUUCUACUUCAGAUGCAACCUCAACAGUAGCUGUGAGGAGAGCUGAUCAUUCUGUCUUUUCGUCAUUGACGCAUCUGUUUCGCCGAUCGGAUCCAGGAACAUGGAAAAUCAUCAAGUGUCUAUUCGAUAUAAAUUUUUGUUUGUAGGCAAGAUGGUGGUGCUUUCGUUCUGAGUCAGUGGAUGUGUCAACGAGCUCUCGUUUUUGGUAUAUUAUUUCAUUCGUGAUGAGGUAUGCGUUUUGCUGCUCGAACACCAUUGAGGGCCGAGGACCUAUAAUUUUUGUAAUCAAUGUUGAGGUUGGCAACUCUCUUCUACAGGGAUCCUAGUCAGGGCUUCGCUGUGACCUCGGGAUGUCAGUUUCGACCUAUUAUCACAAACCUGACCGAAUCUGAGGGGAUUGAUUGAUCAUUGAAAUCUCAAGACAAGAGCCCUUGGCUGAAAGAAGCUCUCGGCUGAUAUGGCCUCAUCUCCACCAUCCUCUCCAGCUACUGCAUCUGCAUCGGGUGACGCCGCAAAUGAUUGCUUCUCUGAGUUGGAAGACGUGAACAUGCAGCUUGCACCUGAUACGGUUCUGCAGGGAUUGAACGACUCCAGAACUGAGCUACUUAGCCGUGUCCAGAACUUGAAGCAGGAUCUUCAUGAUUGGAAAGGGAAAUUGGAUACAGAAGUUAAUUCUUACAAUGAGGAGAUUGGAGACCUGAAAAACUCCCUCAAUUCAGAUGUUGAACAGCUCAAAAACGAAUUCCAAGAGCUGAGAGACACACUGAAAGGACAAUUGGCAGCCGCCACAUCCAAAUUGGCCGAACUCGAUACCUCGGUGGUCGAUUGUACACAUUACCUUGAAGGCCUAACCACACACUGUGAGCUUGAAAAGGAAUUAUUUGAUGAUCUGAUAGCAGACAUUGGACUUCAGGAUUUAGACAAGGAGCACUCAGCUUCGUUUGAUCAUUCUAACCUGGAGCAUGCCCAUGCGGCAACGGUAACACUAGAAGAGAAAGUUGUGGACUAGACUUCGCAACGGCUGGAUUCUCAUCCGAGGGCUUCGUAGUCUGGUGGGUGGAUCAUCAGCUGCUGCCACUGAGGUGAGUAUCUCCCCACUUCACAAGAGGGGUCUGAGAGAUGAGGGUCCAUGCAGGCCCUCCUUUUCCUCCUCCUAAACUUCUGACUUGCUUUUCACUUGGCGAGGAAUCCAGUAUGGGAUGGAGGUCGCAUUUUCUCUGCACCAGAAAACGUCUCAUUCCCUCUCUCCAACACUGCAUUACUUCCAUUGUUUUGAGAAUCUUGUCUUUAUUUUCUAGUGCAUCGAAAAGUACAAAAAUGAAAAAUCAUUUAGCGGCUCAUUUUCACACAGAUGGUUUUUUAACUGUUGGCAUAGUUUUUAAAUGGAUAUUCCGAUUUCAGAUUAACUGAUGUGAUGGUUCUAGUAGACAAGUAGUUGUAUUACGACUUUCUUGCGAAAAACUAAUAUAACAUUUUAUGUGGAAGUAUAUUUUGUUCUAUAUAUCACAGAUUAGUACAUGGAUUUAUAAAAAAAAAUAAUGGUUGAUGUUUUAAACUAA